AUGAGCAAUUAUGAAGUGAUUGUAUUAAGUGAAGGUUAUAGUUACAAUACUUCAAGCGGAUCAAUGGCUAAUUGCUCAUGUACACUUAUUAAAGGAAAUAAAAACAUAAUUGUUGAUACUAUGUCACCGUGGGAUAAAGAUUUAAUAUUAAAUAAAUUAGAAUCAAAUGGAUUAACACCGAGUGAUAUUAAUUUUGUUGUAUCCACUCACGGUCACACCGAUCAUUGUGGAAAUAAUAAUUUAUUUUUAGAUGCUGUUCACAUUGUCGGAUAUACAAUUUCACAUAAAGAUUUCUAUGAAAAUUAUUCAUUUGAAACUCAGGGCCCCUAUAAUAUAGAUGAUUAUGUUAAAAUCGUACCUACUCCGGGUCACAUGCUCGCACACGUUUCCGUUGUUGUCAUAAAUAAAAAUAAGGAAAAAAUUGUUGUCGCAGGAGAUUUAUUUGAAUGCGAACAAGAUUUACAACAGGAUGAAUUAUGGAAAAAUGCUGGAAGUGAAAAUGAAAAAUUACAGGAAGAAAGUAGACGAAAAAUAUUAGAAAUGGCUGAUUAUAUUAUACCUGGCCAUGGUAAAAUGUUUAAAGUAAAUCGUACAGAUCUCAUUAAAUCACCACACUAA